AUGAAUGAAACUUUGUCACCUUGGUGGACCGGGAACACUGCAUCUGAUGGGUCAAACAAAUCUUGGACCACAGUGCAUCAAUACCAGAUGGUCAAUGUUAUGGAAACCAUCAUUCUCCCUUCUCUUGUUGGCAUUAUCUGUGCGACAGGAUUGGUUGGAAACACCCUCAUUCUGUUUACUAUCAUAAGGUCAGCAAGAAAAACCAUCCCAGAUAUUUAUAUCUGUAACCUGGCAGUGGCUGAUUUGGCUCACAUCAUUGGAAUGCCAUUUCUGAUUCAUCAGUGGGCCCAAGGAGGAAAGUGGGUGUUCGGCAAUGCUCUGUGUACAAUCAUCACAUCACUAGAUAGCUGUAAUCAGUUUGCCUGCUGCGCAAUUAUGACAGCUAUGAGCUUGGACAGGUACCUGGCCCUGGUUCAUCCAUUCCGUCUGACAAGUUUCAGAACCAGAUCAAAGACUAUUAAAAUCAAUCUAUGUCUUUGGGCUACCUCAUUCAUAUUGGUCAUGCCUGUCUGGAUGUAUGCAAAAGUGAUUACAUUUAAGGAUGGCUUGGAAAGCUGCGCUUUUGAGCUGACUUCAUCACAGGACAUUCUUUGGUAUACGCUCUAUCACACCUUAACUUCUUUCUUCUUUCCUUUACCACUAAUACUGAUCUGCUACACAUUAAUUCUAUGCCACACUUGGAAGAUCUAUCAAGAAAACAAGAGAGCUGGAAGAUAUGACAUGACUAUCCCCAGGGAGCGGGUGAAGCGACUAACCAAAAUGGUUCUGGUGCUUGUGGGUGUAUUUAUGGUUAGUUCAGCACCAUAUCAUGUGAUGCAACUGGUAAAUCUUCAAACAAUGCAGCCGACUCCUGGUUACUACAUCAGCUAUUACAUCUCUAUUUGCAUCAGCUACGCCAACAGCAGCAUUAACCCCUUCCUCUACAUAUUGCUCAGCGGCAACUUCCAAAAGAGGCUGACUGGCUGCACAAAUUUUCGGAUGCAAAUGACUGAACGUGAAAAUAAUAACGUAGAAAGUACAUUGCCUUCAAAUUAUUAG